AUGACGCUCAUGAACGGCCUACAAAAUGUUCAAAAACUUUCUUUAAAUGCUGACACUCUCGAGGUGCUUUCCCUAUGCUGUGAAUCGAUGCCAGUGUUCAACAAUCUCAAAUUCUUAGGUGUUACGAGUCAAGAGGGUCGAGGAUGGCAAGCAAUGCCAGCUCUUCUAAGGAAUUGUCCACAUUUAGAAACUAUAGCUCUGUUCUUUUGUUUAUCGCUGCGUCUGCGGCAAUGAAAGAGAAAAUCUUUAAGUUGCGUCAAGAUUGCGUCAAGAUGGAGAUCACAAUUGCCACAAUUGCCGUUGAAGAUGACCGCUGGCAUUGCCGCCGGUGUUGUUAAUAAGACGCUGGAAUUUUCUGGCGACACUUUUCGAUGAUGCGGUCAUUGCGGCAGCAUCUUUUUCUUUGAUCAACAACUCCAUUAGUGUCGUUUAGCUUUCCUACUUAUUAUUAUUGUUGUCGUUUUGCUCGGUCGCAGCCGCUGCGUCUGCGGCAAAGAAAAGAACAGGGCUUAUAUAAUCCUUCAGGGUCUAUUACACUAUGUAACAGAUACCUGCGGGGAUGCUUGUCCCUGCAUUUCUCGUGAAGACAACUCAUGUCUUGUCCAGUGAAUAGGUUAGAGAUUCAAGGCUUUCGAGCAACAAUGAAAGAGAUGACCAUGAUAAAGCAUUUCUUGGACUGUUUUUUCUGUGUUUGAAGAGGCUGGGCGUCUACGUUGACGAUAAUGAAUCUACACAGCUCAGAAACCCUGAAUUGGCUGACUGUAUCUUUGAGAUGUUCGAACUCUACAACAAGUUGUCACCGAGUUGCAAUGUCCAGCUCCUGGUUAGUGAUUACUUGGACAAGAAGUGGACUGCACAAGGACAUGUCUCAAGAACAAAACUUUGCCCCAUAGUUCUUGCCCGUUCAGUUCUGUUUAGUUUGUUUCAAGAAUAUUUAUGUAAGCGAGAAUGUCUACUUUUUUAGCAUAAUAGCAUUGCACAUCACAUAUCAGCAAAGCCUAGAUUCAAACUUUGAAUUGAUCAUCUCA